GAUUUUCAGUUCCGGCAAAUGAAGAAAACCCGGGUAUUUGAUUCACCUGAUGACCUGCCAAAGGACAGAUCAAGUCUGCUCGCCGUCUCCAACAAAUUCGGACUGACAUUUGUCGGACUAGACAGAAAGAUCAAGGUGUACCUCACGCGGGACAUCCUAGCUGCAGACAAAGUUGAUGGGAACUCCAAUGAAAUAAGUAAGAAUGUCCUUACAUUGGUCAUUCCAUCUUGUACAGUUUUUGCUAAGCAAUUUUACUUGAUUUUACCCUUUUCUCUCCAUCUUACUCCCUUCUCUCUCAUAUCCCCUUUCUCUCUCCCUUAGUUGAGGGAAUAGCAGCUUUGGCUGAUGUUCCUGUGGAGUUGCCUGUGCACAACCUGGGCCUCAGUAGUGAUGAGCUCACCCUGUCAGUCAGCGGCAUGUCAGAGGAGUCUGGCCUGUCAUUGGCCUUCUAUGACGUCCGCACCUUCAUCAACAAGGUGAUUUAACUAACUCUCAUAACAACACCCAACUGCUAAUGGACCAGAUAGAUUGGUUUAGGUUCUAAUAUCUGCUACAAGAAAUGUGAUAUGCUCUUUUUCAUUAGAAUAUGUUAUGGCCUGCUUUUUUGAGAGGCAAUAUGUCCAUCUUUGUUAGAAAACCACGUUUUUCAGAGUGAUGUGAUACGGUUUUGUCAUGGUGAAACAGAGUCCAGAGUCCACGCUUUAUCAACUACAAGCACACUAAGACUAGUCACCUCCACUUCUUCAGUUCCAUAUUUUCCCCACACACUUAAUCCCCUAAUUUCUAUGGCUGUCCUCUUUCUCCAGGCCCGACCGCAGAAGUUGCCGUUUGUGACUCUGCGACCUGGAGUCGGCCUGGGCAUAAUUGUGCAGGACCUCAAAUGGAAUCCAGGGCAGGCGUCCAUGCUGGCCACCUGUCUGUCUGACGGCAGCAUGAUGGUACUUGAGGUCACAGACAGUGUCACAGUGCAGGCCCAGCUCUCCGCCACCGAAGGAAUCACCUGUGGUGAGUGUGACAUAGUGUGUCAUCACUUUGAGGAGUACAUGCUGAAAUUAUUGUAAUUUUUCAUGUGAUUGUCAUUUCUACAGUUUUGCUCACUAUUUCUGUCAUCCUCUCUCUUCAAACAGUAUGCUGGAGUCCCAAAGGAAAGCAAGUGGCAGCAGGAAAAAUGAACGCGACAGUCAGUCAGUACACUCCAGUAAGUCUGUCCCAACAACUCGCAGUAUAGUACGGAAAUUGUAGACACACACAUUAUUCCUGUGACGUGUGUAUGAUGUAUUAUACGCCCUGGUGUGACUGACUGUGCUCUCCUGAACAGGGGCUUCAGGAGAAGAAAGUGAUCCCUUGCCCAAGCUUCUACAGCUCUGACAACCCUGUCAAAGGUAAACUAGACACAGAUCCCGCUGGCCUGAAGCAAUAAACCUCUUAGCCUUUUUAGACAUCUUCAGUGCCUUUAUUCUCUGGACCCGAUCUCAAAUAUAUGUUUUCUUUGUUGUCCUUUCUCUGUCAGUGCUGGAUGUGCAGUGGCUGAGUACGUUUGUGUUUGCCGUGGCGUAUGCAGCAGCCGACGGCUGUCCAGAAACACCCCCUGAACUGGUGGUGAUCUCCCUCCCUGUGAGUAGUACCACUGGUCUGUCAUACAUCUGAAUGAUGAGAUCAUUUUGCAGUGUUAAUUAUUAAAAUAUUAAAAGGUUCAUUUCACUCAGUGACAAAUGUUUUCCCUCCUAAGUGAUAGAUUAUGGCAUUUUGACAAUUAACAUGUUGAUCUGACAGACAAAGACAGAUAAGAGGGAGGAGAGGUACCUGAACUUCAACGACCCCGUCUACGGCACCUGCGCAGAGAGACAGCUCCACUACUUCCUCAGCCACAUAGAGGACUGGUGAGACGCUCCCCACUCUGUAUUCUGCCCUGCCUGUUCACAGAACACUGUGAAAGCUAAAAAGCUCGUAUUUUCUUGUUUGCAGAAAUUGGCUUUUGUAUGCAUACUCAGUUGGUAUAAGCUCUGUUCUGUUUCCCUCAGGCUCUCCACUUCAAUGUUUGAGGAACAACUGUGAGGUUGGUGAAUCACAUAUACUCAUUGUUGUUUCUCCUUCUUUCAGGGAUGUUGUUCUUGCCGCAUCGGCAGCCUCCAUUGAAGUCAGUGUCAUCGCCAAGCAAGAAGAUAAGGUAAUAUUUGGGGACCAGCCAUUGGUAUGAUUCUCACCUUGUGUCUUAGAAACUAUAGCGGGUCAAUGUGGAUUUCUCAACUUCAGAUGUCUUUGUGCAGCACGUAGUCAGAUCCAUUAGGUACCUUCCAUAAGCAAACACCACCUCAGCAUCUUCUGAUAAAUGAUAAUAGAGUAGCAAAGCCUGGGCAGCAGGUAGCCUAGCGGCUAAGAGCGUUGGGCCACUAACCGAAAAGUUGCUGGUUCGAAUCCCCGAGCCGGCAAGGUGGCAAAACCUGCCGUUCUGCCCUUGAGCAAGGCAGUUAACCCCAAACAACAACUGCUCCCUGGGCGCGAUGACGUGGACGUCGAUUAAGGCAGCCCCCCGCACCUCUCUGAUUCAGAGGGAUUGGGUUAAAUGCGGAAGACACAUUUCGGUUGAAUGCAUUCCGUUGUGCAACUGACUAGGUAUCCCCUUUCCCUUCCCAAAGGCCAACUGAUAUUGAUCAAAUGAGCCACUGACUGUCUAUGUUGUCAUGUAACCUCUCUGUGCCAUGUGGUGUUGUUCAGACCAACUGGGAGCUGUGGCUACUGGAGGACGCCAGUAGGGGAGAGCUGCCUGUCUCUCAGAAUAACGACGACACGCUGCCUUUGGGCCUGGCCAUCGUCUACACCAGCCAGCAGGAGAUCCACAUCAGUGAGUGGUUGCUGCUCUCUCCUCUUCCAACUUUCCAGAUUCUUCUAUGACCCCAUGCCAAACCGGUCACUUACUCCUUGAUCCGCAGUAGGAUUUGUAAUUUUUAAAGGAAGCUAUUUGACAGACACUUCCGCUAAUCUGCCAUAUUGUUACCAGUCCAGUUUGUUCAGAUCUGAGAAUGUAGACUACAUGGAAGCGUCAAGCAAAAUAAGCUGGUGAACCAUUUGGAAUCAGCUGAUAUGUUGGUCAACCAUGGCAGGAUCAGUGAAAGUUGCACUUCAAUUAGAAGCAUAGUUACACAUUUUUUUUAUACACUGUCCAAUGUUAAUCUCCUCAGUAGCAGUUGGUAGGCAACGCUGGUUAGCGCAUUUUUUUAUUUUAUUUUGGCAGCUGUGAGAUGAAUAGUGAUAAACUACUGUCUCAGUGUCUACUGUUUAAGGCAGUCAGACAGUCACAUAGCACCACUGAUGUUGCUGUCUGGGCUCCCCACUCAAAAGGACUCCUCCAGCAAACCAAACCAGCAGUUUGUGCAGAAUUUCAAAAUGAUUGUACUCUGAUCAAACCCUGUCUCAAGUGAGACCUCAGCUGUAUUGAAGAGAAAGAGCGAGGGAGAGAUGGUGAGGCCCACGUUCAUUAGAAUGACUCAGACAAAUGAAAGAACAACAAAAAAAGCAGAGCCAGACAAGUAUGUCUGAGAAUGUUGAUGAGGUUUACCUUGAGCUUUCCAAACUUUUGUUUUCUCUAUAGAGUGUCUCAGGCAAGCACACUCAUUAUUUGUCUCAUCACUCUGGCCUUAGUGAUGGUGCUUGGGGCUUUGUUUCUUAUUAAGACCUUGAGGUCUCUUAAUUCACACAGAAAUAUCACUUCUUAUGCUCUGUCCUUGUACUUGUGUCUCUGCUUUUGUGUGUGUGGGCUUGCAUCUGCCUUGAGAGCUUUAGUGUGUGUUUGUCCGUGUGGGUGUUUGUGUGCCUUUCAAUGGCUGUGUGUUUGCUUUUGUGUUGCAGUCUAAGUGUAUGCCUGUGUGUUUCUCUCUGACUACCUAUAGUUGUACUGCACUUCACUUGAUGUCUCGUUGGCCCUCUCUAACAUCUCUCUCCUAUGUCGUUACAGCCGAUGAGAAGACUUUGCCCCCGGUGCCCACUCUGCUGCUGCUGUCUACAGACGGAGUGUUGUGCCCCUUUUCACUGCUCAACCUCAACCCUGGGGCCAAGCAGCUGGUCGCUGCCCCCACCAACCUGGCCCUGGAUGGAGAGAGACUGCCCCCUGCAGGUCUGGAGGAACUCUGCAGCGUCUUCAUAUUUACAAAUAGUGUUUUUUUAUUCUGUCACUGAAGACAUUUGUCUUAUGAAACUUGCAAUACCUAUACUACUAACAUAGUGUGGAGUACUUAUAAUAGUGUUGUGAUAUGGCCCACUAAAAGCAGCUCUCCUCUGCAUUGCAGGUUCUGCAGCUCCCCCGCCCCCUUACCCAACCCCUCUCCCGUCAGCCCUGCGGGCGUUCCCUCCUCUCCGACCCCCCUCGGCCCCCACACAGACUCCCCCUGCCACCCUGUUCACCACCGCAGCCCCUGCCCCAGCUCCAGUCUCCUCACCCGGCUUCUCAUUGUCCAUGCCCCCUUCCUCCUCCGCUGUUCCCCCCUCUUUCUCUCUCGGGGGCUACACGGCCUUCAGCGUGGCCCCAGCCUCCGCUGGCUUCUCCUUCGCCUCCAAGCCCCUGACUGAGACCCCCGCCGAAGCCUCGGCCUUCUCCUUCAGUGCCCCCAAACCUCCAGUGGUGGAGACUACCCCGGACCCCUCCCCCGCUCCAACACCCACCCCCCAGCGCCUGGCCACCGCCUCCCCCAUCACGGUGCUCCGAGGCACCCCAGAGCCAGCCACUCCCGCUGUGAAGAUGAACCUCAAUGACAGGUGAGAGGAGAGGUUGAUAUAACUUGCUGAAUAACUUUUACUGUGUUCAGAUAUCUCUUAGAUGCUAGCUGGCUGGCUUGGCUAGACACAGUGGGGAGAAAAAGUAUUUAGUCAGCCACCAAUUGUGCAAGUUCUCCCACUUAAAAAGAUGAGAGGCCUGUAAUUUUCAUCAUAGGUACACGUCAACUAUGACAGACAAAUUGAGAAUUUUUUUCCUGAAAAUCACAUUGUAGGAUUUUUAAUGAAUUUAUUUGCAAAUUAUGGUAGAAAAUAAGUAUUUGGUCAAUAACAAAAGUUUCUCAAUACUUUGUUAUAUACCCUUUGUUGGCAAUGACACAGGUCAAACGUUUUCUGUAAGUCUUCACAAGGUUUUCACACACUGUUGCUGGUAUUUUGGCCCAUUCCUCCAUGCAGAUCUCCUCUAGAGCAGUGAUGUUUUGGGGCUGUCGCUGGGCAACACAGACUUUCAACUCCCUCCAAAGAUUUUCUAUGGGGUUGAGAUCUGGAGACUGGCUAGGCCACUCCAGGACCUUGAAAUGCUUCUUACGAAGCCACUCCUUCGUUGCCCGGGCGGUGUGUUUGGGAUCAUUGUCAUGCUGAAAGACCCAGCCACGUUUCAUCUUCAAUGCCCUUGCUGAUGGAAGGGGGUUUUCACUUAAAAUCUCACGAUACAUGGCCCCAUUCAUUCUUUCCUUUACACGGAUCAGUCGUCCUGGUCCCUUUGCAGAAAAACAGCCCCAAAGCAUGAUGUUUCCACCCCCAUGCUUCACAGUAGGUAUGGUGUUCUUUGGAUGCAACUCAGCAUUCUUUGUCCUCCAAACACGACGAGUUGAGUUUUUACCAAAAAGUUCUAUUUUGGUUUCAUCUGACCAUAUGACAUUCUCCCAAUCCUCUUCUGGAUCAUCCAAAUGCACUCUAGCAAACUUCAGACGGGCCUGGACAUGUACUGGCUUAAGCAGGGGGACACGUCUUGCACUGCAGGAUUUGAGUCCCUGGCGGCGUAGUGUGUUACUGAUUGUUACUUUGGUCCCAGCUGUCUGCAGGUCAUUCACUAGGUCCCCCCGUGUGGUUCUGGGAUUUUUGCUCACCGUUCUUGUGAUAAUUUUGACCCCACGGGGUGAGAUCUUGCGUGGAGCCCCAGAUCGAGGGAGAUUAUCAGUGGUCUUGUAUGUCUUCCAUUUCCUAAUAAUUGCUCCCACAGUUGAUUUCUUCAAACCAAGCUGCGUACCUAUUGCAGAUUCAGUCUUCCCAGCCUGGUGCAGGUCUACAAUUUUGUGUCUGGUGUCCUUUGAUAGCUCUUUGGUCUUGGCCAUAGUGGAGUUUGGAGUGUGACUGUUUGAGGUUGUGGAUAGGUGUCUUUUAUACUGAUAACAAGUUCAAACAGGUGCCAUUAAUACAGGUAACGAGUGGAGGACAGAGGAGCCUCUUAAAGAAGUUACAGGUCUGUGAGAGCCAGAAAUCUUGCUUGUUUGUAGGUGACCAAAUACUUAUUUUCCACCAUAAUUUGCAAAUAAAUUCAGUAAAAAUCCUACAAUGUGAUUUUCUGGAUUUUUUUUUCUUCUCAAUUUGUCUGUCAUAGUUGACGUGUACCUAUGAUGAAAAUUACAGGCCUCUCUCAUCUUUUUAAGUGGGAGAACUUGCACAAUUGGUGGCUGACUAAAUACUUUUUUUCCCCACUGUAUGUUUCUGUUUCUGUCCCUCAGGUUCCUGGCAGUGGAGACCCCUGCUCCAGCUGCAGCUCCAGCCUCCCAGCCCUUCUCCUUCACCUCCAUCCCCAAACCUGCCUUCUCUGAGCCCACCAGCCAGCCCGCCCUGCUGCCCAUUGCCACCAAGCCCGCAGCCAUGCCAGGUAAGGAGAAUGAUAAGCUUUAUUUAUACAGCAUAAUUCAUACAUACAGUAUUUAUAUGAAUGGCUUUGAUUAAACAAUACCAUUUUAAUUUGUAUACCAACAUUAGUAUAGUUGUAGUUUGGUUUGUGAUCCUUGAUAUCCAUUCCGUCUCAUCCCCAGUCCAAACCAGUACACCCCCCAUGGUUGUACAGAAACCUGCCCCAGCCACCCAGACAAGUGCACCCACUCCACAGGUACUAAAACAUCAGCCUGCUAAGAUAUUAGGCCACCAAUCCAUUUCUUGUAGUACUGGUCAUAAUAGUAAAGACUGUCUGUUUGCCCUCCUGUAGGCAGCGCUGAGUGUGAAGGCCCUGGAGAGACAGCUGCAGCAGAGGAAGGACUCUGACCCAGUCAUGGCCGGAAUACUGGAGGAGGUAAUGGAUUAAUCCAAUGGUCUUUCUCUUAAAGCUGAAAUCUGCACAGGUGAAACAGCGCCACUGUUUGCCCCAGCGCCUUUGUUAUUGUUUGUUUGGUUGAUGAAACAGAGGCGAGGAGCGUCCGACAGUGUGGCUAUAAAUAAAUAAAUAUAUAUAUAUAUAUAUUCUGGUGUUCUUUUGCACGUGCAAUGAUGGUAGAGGGCAGAAAAAUCUUUGUUUUGAAGUAACUUCUUUGGUAUAAUAUUCCAAACGGACGUGGCUGUUUCACCAAGUAAGGAUUUCAGAUUUAAACUACUGCUAUAUAAUUACUUUUAAUUGUAUUACUUAAUGCUAUUUCUUGUCAUAACCACACAUAUUCACCAUAGUUAACCCACAAAGGAAUCGAACCCACAACUUUGGUAUUUCCAGCACCAUGCUCCAACCAACUUACAGUAAGUACAUGGUUCAUCAUGGUAGCGUCAUGCUGAUUGUGUUCCUCUCAGAUCGCCCACUUCCAGAAGGAGCUGGCUGACCUGAAGGCGCGCAGCCACAAGGCAGACUUCAGAGUGGGCACCAUAGAGGAGAUGAAAGAGCUGAGGAAAGAGUCUAAGGACCUCCACGUCUUCACCCUGGAGAUUAAAGAAACCACUGAGGUACGGACUGAAUCUGAUUUAGAUUGUAUUAUUAAAAUGAGAUGUAAGGCCAGUCUGAGUCAGGACAUGAAGCUUGGUGAAGUUGCCAUUGUUAAUUAAUGUAUCCAGUUGUGUCCAAUUCAAAAUAACACUCAACCAACUGGUACCACACACAGUACAACCUCCUAAAGACCUAGACCCUUUCUAUCCCUCAUAGGCUCUGACCAUGUGUGUGUUCUUGUUCUCCCCAGUCUCUCCAUGGGGACAUCAGCACUCUGAAGACCACCAUGCUGGAGGGCUUUGCCGGGGCAGAGGACGCCAAGGCCCAGAGUGAGCUCAACAGAGACAGGGGCUACCUGCAGCUGCUCUACAAGAAACCACUGGACCCACGCAGUGAAGACCAACUCAAGGUAAGCCUGGGGUGGAGGAGGGUGAUGGCUUAUGGGAGGAAGUGUAAAUGGAACUUCUAUAAUUCAUCAGGGUGGAUGUGGUAGAAAUGGCAAAGGCAGAACACUAUUGAAAAAUAUUACCCAUGUUAAACUGUUUUUCGUACAGCAGACUUUGUUUUGUUGGAUGAUAAUUUCCUCUGGUGGUUUCUCCCCAUAACUAGGAGAUCCGCAGGCUGUACCAGUAUGUGAAGUUUGCUGUGGAGGAUGUGAGCGACGUGUUGGACCUGGAGUGGGAGAAACAUCUGGAGAAGAAGAAGAAGAAACAGAAGUGAGGGAGAAGAAAAAAUAAUAGAUCACUUACAUUUUUGACCUGUAAUUAAUUUCCUAUGACUAUUUCUCAUUAUCAUUGUAUGUUGAAUGUUUCCUUUCUAACCAAUUCCCUCUGUGUCUCCUGUCUCUCCCAGACACAUGAUUGUCCCAGAAAGGGAGGCUCUGUUCAAGGCCCUGGCCAACAACCUAGACAUCAUCAACCAGCAGAAGCAGAGGCUGGACACACUGGUCAAAGAUCUCCAUGCCCUGCGGCUCUACAACAAGACUGCUGCCUGGAGUGCUCCUGCCCCCAGCCAGCCCGCUGCAGCCACCCCCACAGAACAGGGGUGUGUACAAGGGUGUAUACCUGAAAUACAAUGGCCAGAUAUGUUGCAGCAUGAGGAUGUUUUUGGAGUCAGUUUAGUUUUUUUAUAUGUCAAAAUGUUCACUGGGGCAUGUGUGUGUUGCAAAGAAUGAUGCGUAGUGGAUGAAAAACGAAGUAGGCUAUCACUUCUUAUGAAUUACUUCUGUGUUUACUAGUUUGGACAACGAGCUGGAGAGUUUGAGAGAUGCACUCCUGAAAGCCAGUCUGGAGACCAUUCCCAAGACCACCUCGAAAUCUCCAGGUAAAAUACUUUAUUUUUCCAACACAUGUCUCACAGUGUUAACUAUUGUUCUUGAGUGACAUAAAUGUAAUAUGACUCUUUCCACUUCUUCAGCCAAGAUGUCUCCGGUGAAGCAGUCUCAAUUGCGUAACUUCCUCUCCAAGAGGCAGACACCACCAGUCCGCUCCACCGCUCCAGGUACUCCCAACACACAGAACAUAGUGAGUAGUGUAAGUAAUGUGUGGAAUGUACCUCUCCUGAAUGGUUCCAUCUUUUACUCCAGCCAACCUGUCCCGCUCGGCCUUCCUCUCUCCCAAAUACUAUGAGGACAUGGACGAUGUGAGCUCCACCUCCUCUCUGUCUCAGGCCCUGGAGCCCGACUACUCCCACUGUUUUGAGGAGGAGGAGGAGCCCGAGCCUGCCCCCCUCCCCGUGCUGCCCGCCUCUAUGCCCCGCCACCCCACGGUAGUACGCACCCCUUCCAUAGCCCCAGGGUUUGGGGCCAUCCAGUCCACUCCUUUCAGCAAGGUGCACCAGGGCCUGGGCAUGGGCCUGGGACUCAGCCCCAUCAUAAGCACAGGUAGGAAACUCCAUUGACUUUUUAGUUUACCUUUAUUUUAACCAGGUUGGUCAGAGAACAAGAAGUUCUGAAACUGCUGUUGUGUUGUACUAUGUAGUUUGUAUUGCAUGUUUUAUCUUCUAGUAACAACCAUCAGGACAGAGAGGGGACAGCCAACCAUAUGGCAAAGUGCUGUUCUAUGUGGUUUUCAGAGAGCUGGUCUGUUGUACAAUAAGUCAUCAAAUGUACUAACAUCUUUAGCGAUUUUCUAGUUCCAACCAAUAAGAUCAACAUGGGAGGUGCUGACAGCACGGCACUAGCCACUAAGACGGUGAAGCACGGAGCCCCUCCCACUGAGAAGGCCAUACCCGUCCCCCUCCCUGCCCAACAGGCUGCUGCUAAAGCCGCUUUCCUCAGGCAGAUGGCUAAUCAGAAAACGGGUAGGUGGGGCAUGACCGUUGUAGAGGUUGCAAAUAAUGGAAAGUGUAUUGCCUUUGUGACUGAUUUUCUGUCACUGUAACUCCCAGUUUGACACUCCGAUGUAUUGACCAGCAGAGCUUUAGUGACUGGUAGAGCUAUUCUGCUCACCGUCUGUUGACUUUGAACAGUAAAACUCAAUGUCAUUUUGAUACUCAGACACCAGGGGGAGACAAAGACCUCAGGAUCCGUGGUGAACUGACAGCCCAUGGUUUUACUAUGCAGAAUUAUUGUUGAUAAUACUUUAAUCAAUACAUUUAAUUAUUUAAACAGUACUUUUAAUCUAUUAGACCUAUUCAUGAUAGUAUACAUCUGUGUCAGUAACCCAACAUAAUGUGUGCUGUUACAUGCACACAAUUAUGUUGAUUAUUGUGGAUAGUCAGAUUAAUAUAAUAGUUCGAUUAAAAUGUUUACAUGCUUUGCAAGAAUAGUAACAUGCUUUUGCACCAAUUUUGUCACUUUUGUUUAUAUCUGGUUGUCCCAAUGUCAGUUGUAAUGACGAAUUGUCAUUUACUUUUCUCCUUUGUGGUCAACCAGUGGUCAGUUCUUCUCUGGUAGAGUCUACCCUGAAGACCGUUCCCCAGUUGGUCAACAUUCAGGAGCUCAAGGACAAAGGACCGCCUGUCUCCACUGUGAUC